AUGUGGGAGAAUACUGAAUGCUCCCCGGCCAACGGGGGUUUCGUGUUACCACAAACGGGUUUGCCACCAGCAGACGGGGCUGCGAGGGUCAAACGAAAGAGGAAGAAGAACGGGAAGAGGGCAGUUUAUGACCAGUAUCUUGCGUUCUCUGGUAGUGAGUGCUCUACUGAAUCAAGCGAUGGUGUGGGCGAGUUUCUGGAUGCGUACGAGUUGGAGGAGUUUGAGCCUGGCAUGGACAUUAAUAUUCUUAUUCAGCAAACUGUGCAGAAUGUCGCUCAGAGUGUCAGCUUGGAGGAUUCUGACGGCCUGUCGCAGUUUGGUGAUUACGAGUUGAUAUGCUUUGCCGCGGCGGUGAAGCAUAGCAACUCCAUUCUUUCACUUCAGAUAAGGUAUCUUGACGUUUCCGACACGUCACUCGUGCCACUUUGUCGCGCGUUGGAGAGUCAUCCCUGCAUUAGGGCAUUAGAUCUAUCUGGUACGCGAGGUGGAAACGCCACUAUCAAGGCCGUGCUUCGUCUUUUCUGUACCAACCCAAAUAUUCUAUUCGUGCGGUUGGACGACACGAUGGUGGCUUCCCAUGAUGCUGGCGAAAUGGAGCUUGCAAAUGCAUGA